UAGCCAUCUAGCAGGCUGAGAAACAUUUGAAGGGUAUCCGAUUCUCUGGGAACUGAGAAAACAGCUUACCUUUUCUAUGUGGAAAAAAGGUCAGAAGGCAGCUGCCAUUGAAUGAUAGCGAGUGCCUGUUUCCAAGACAGCAAGCACCAGGGGAGCCCCCAGAGGCAUUAGCAGAAAGCUUAAAUUACCUAAAUGACUGAUAAUGGUCUCCAGCUGCCAAAGAAGGCUGUGGACACCAAGAGAAAGGUAACCAUUUCUCGUCCCCGCGAGUGGAACUGGAUGCCUCUCGGGGCGCGCAGCAGCUGGCAGCAGGCAUGGCUGAACUUACAAGCUACAAGGACACCGCCUCCAGCCGCCACCUGCGGUUUAAGUUACAGAGUCUAAGCCGCCGUCUCGAUGAGCUGGAGGAAGCCACGAAAAACCUCCAGAAAGCAGAGGAUGAGCUCCUGGACCUCCAGGACAAGGUGAUUCAGGCGGAAGGCAGCAACUCCAGCAUGCUGGCGGAGAUCGAAGUGCUGCGCCAGCGAGUGCUGAGAAUCGAGGGCAAAGAUGAGGAAAUCAAGAGAGCGGAGGACCUGUGUCGGCUGAUGAAGGAGAAGCUGGAAGAGGAGGAAAACCUCACCCGGGAGCUGAAGUCUGAGAUCGAGCGGCUCCAGAAGCGAAUGGCCGAGCUGGAGAAGCUGGAGGAGGCCUUCGGCAGGAGCCAGAGCGACCGCACCCAGCUCUGGCUGAGUCUGAAUGAGGAGCGGAACCUGACCAAGAAGAUCUCCUCCGAGCUGGAAAUGCUCAGGGUCAAAGUGAAAGAACUGGAAUGUUCCGAGGACCGCCUGGAUAAAACGGAGCAGAGCUUAGUGUCAGAGUUAGAAAAGCUGAAGUCGUUGACUCUGAGCUUUGUGAGUGAGAGAAAAUACUUGAAUGAAAAGGAGAAAGAAAACGAGAAGCUCAUCCGAGAGCUCACCCAGAAACUGGAGCAGAACAAAAAACUGCACCGAGAUUACACCAGGAACGCUUCUAAUCUUCUGGAAAGGAACGACCUGCGGAUUGAGGACGGGAUCUGCUCCACGCCGCCGUGCAAAGAAUCGAGGAGGAAGGGCGCUCUGGACUAUCUGAAGCAGGUCGAGAACGAAGCCAGAAACAGAUCCGAAAACGAGAAGAACCGAAAUCAGGAAGACAACAAAGUGAAAGACCUUAACCAAGAGAUUGAGAAACUUAAGACACAGAUCAAACAUUUUGAAUUUUUGGAAGAAGAGCUUAAGAAAAUGAGGGCCAAAAACAAUGACCUUCAGGAUAAUUACCUAAGUGAGCAAAAUAAGAACAAACUCUUGGCCAGCCAGCUGGAGGAGAUAAAGCUACAGAUCAAGAAACAGAAAGAGUUAGAGAACGGGGAGGUGGAAGGGGACGAGGCUUUCCUGCCCGGCAAAGGCAGGCACGAGAGGACGAAGUUGAGAGGCCACGGGACCGAGGCGUCCAAGCACACGGCCCGGGAACUGUCCCCUCAGCACAAGCGGGAGAGGCAUCGCAACAGGGAGUUUGCGCUCAACAGUGACUAUUCUCCGGGCAACAGGCAGGCCUCCUCUCCUAGUUUCACCAACAGGAGGGCCGCCAAAGCUUCCAACGCCGGGGCGGCUGCGGACAGUGGGGCUCAGGAGACGAGGAGGGCGGAGGAGCGAUGCGGGUCGGGCUCUUCUCAGAGCGAAGGCAGGAAGGCCAGGGAGCAGCCGUCGGUGCUGAGCCGCUACCCGCCCGCGGCGCAGGAGCACAGCAAGGUUUGGAAGGGCGCUCCCAAGCCAGGAGCGGAGAGUGGGUUGAAGGGAAAAGUGGAGAAGACAACACGAACGUUUAGUGACAAUACCACCCAGGGGGCUGUGCCCAGUGACGUCCCGGGUAGAGGUGACAAGGCUUCUGACAGCUCCGCGGAGGCCCCCUUUGGCAAGAGGGGGCAGGUACCCGGCAACGGAAGUCCGUUAAAUCAGGCUGCAGACUGCGGCAGUCCUAAGGGGAUCGGAUCCCUGGCCUCGUCUCGGAGAUCUUCCUCGGAAGGACUCUGCAAGGGCAAAAAGGCUGCCAGCGGCCCAGAGGCGGAUAGCAGUGCCCCAAAUUCUAAGCCUCCACUCUUAUCAAAAUAUCCCUAUAGCUCCAGAAGCCAAGAGAACAUCCUUCAGGGCUUCUCAACCCCAAACAAAGAAGGCAUCGAUCAACCCGUAGCCGUCGUGAUGGAAGACAGCAGUCCGCACGAGGCCCUGAGGUGCCGCGUCAUCAGGUCCGGCGGCAGAGAGAACGCAGACUCCGAUGACGACGGGGAUGCGGCGUCUCUGGUUACUGCCAAGUUGGUGAACACAACCAUCACGCCGGAGCCGGAGCCCAGGCACCAGCCCAGCUCGAGGGAAAAAGCCAAAUCGCGAGGAGGCCUUAGAACCGCCCUGUUUGAGAAUGAUAAAGAUGUCGGGACAGAAAGUGAGUCCGUGAAGCCCGUCAGAGCCUCUGCCAAUGCUGUCGAGUUCCCAGAUGCCAACGGUGCUGGGGUCAAAAGCCAACGGCCCUUCAGCCCCAGAGAGGCCUUGCGGUCCAGAGCCAUCAUCAAACCCGUCAUCAUUGAUAAGGAUGUGAAAAAAAUUAUGGGAGGAUCUGGAACCGAGGCCGCCACGGAGAAGCAGAAAUGCACCUCGAAACCAGGCCCCAACAAGGUGACGAGCAGCAUAACCAUUUACCCCGCGGACAGCAGCAGCCCGCGCUGCAGCCCCGGCGAGGCGGCGCGGGAGAGGCACACGUCCACCAGCAACAUCCAGGUUGGGCCGGCGGAGCUCACGGCGCUCGGCAGCGCCGGCUCCCCCUUCCAGCUCUCCGUUCACAAACAUGACCUCGCCCUGCAGCUCACCGAAGCAGAAAGGACGGCAGAUGGGCCCCCGAAGAACAGGCCAGAAACCGUGGUGUCUCGGAGCAGCAUUAUAAUCAAGCCCUCGGAGCCCUCGGAGAGAAACAGCCACGCAGCCCCAGCGGAGACAAUCCGGUGGAAAAACCACAGCGCCCCUGCGGAAGGGGGCUCCGCGGACGCCAGGCACGUCACGGUGCGCAACGCCUGGAAGAGCCGGCGGGACUUGAACUCCUCGGAGGACCCCCCAGCCCGAGGAGGGAGAGGCGCCGAAGCCGCCGAUGCCUACACCCAGAGGGCCGCCACGGACUGCUCGGACCUCGGGCAGCCCAGGUCGCACGUCUGUGAGCAGGGCACUCCGAGGGCAGGAAGUUCAGGGGACGCCCCCGAGCUCGCCUCCAGAAGGACCCAGAGCAGCCUCACCGUGGCCGAGGUGCUCAGUCGUCGCAAUCGGGUGGGAGAUGCGGCCGCCGGGGCAGCCUGGAACCACGCGGCAGGCGCGGAGGACGGGGACGACUGCUCACCCGGUGUCCACAGGCGACCGCACAACCCCCUGGAGCGGUGUGAGCUGCCUGCGAAGCCGGGGCCCUCCGAGUCGGGGCGCGCCCGGGCCGAGGAGCGGUUACGGCCAGCCCGGCCCUGCGCCGAGGACAACUGAGCCGGCUGGGCGAGGUCUGCUGUCUCCUCUGCUCCCGCUUCUCCACUCUCCUGCCUUCCUGCCCUACGGAGGAUGCAAGGCCCGUGAACCCGGCUGGACGCCGGGCCUUGGCUGGGAGACGACGGCAGACCAGGCUGUGGCUCAGGUCGUUUUGCCAACUGGCCGGGGGGCUCCGAAACUACAAGCUGGACAUAAGUCACGCAGGCCCAGCCUUCCCCGAUGCAUGAGUCCUCUCUCCUCGUCCCUGUCCCCAGGUCGCACAGGCCCCGCUGGCCCCCGGAUGGCGAAAGCUACAGAAAGCCCUCGUACCCUCACCCCACAACAGCAGCCGAAGGCCCUUCUCUGCUCCUCGGUGGGGCAGAGGGCAGCCCUCCCGCGCGGCUAGUUUCUUAGUCUCCUCACCGCACCCCGUUCACUCCUUGUCAGCUCUAGGGGGCCGAGUACCCGCUGAGACUCAGCAGCCGUGGGCGCCACCGGGGCGGGGGGCACCCGCUCCUCUCAGAGCCCUUUGGCGUUCCUCGGACUUGGACAGCGGAAGAGGUCUGUGCUGCCUCUAAGGGACUGUGGGGGCAACCUUCAGGCUGCCGCUUCUCGGACUUGGCCCCCUGGGGCGGAACACACGGGUACCCACCUAUCGGAAUGAUGUCCUCCCUCCCCCUCCCCUGGCUCUCUGCUCUCCUUCCAAAGGCACCUGGAAGCGCACAGGCCUCACGCAUCUCCUUUCCUGGCACCGAUAAUGCUGCUGGCACUGCCCGCCCCUCUCCCUCAGCUGGAGACUAAAGGCCAACUCCGUCAUUUCCACCCUUUGGAAUAUUCCGGAACUAAACUGGGCCUGACCCAGCGGACUCUGCCUUCUAGAAGUGCCCAGCAAGGGGGAAAGUGGGCAGGGAGAAGCGUCUCCCGUCACUCCACAAAGCAAUAUUUCCAUGAGAGGCAUGGACUCGUUCCUCUUCGCGUGCCGGGGAGGAGGUGUUGCACUUUACCAGGCUGCGGCUUUCCUGCAGAAGCGGGCCCUUGGCUUCUGCGAACGGUCAUUAGGACUUCACUGGAGGACAGCUCAUACUAAAUGCCUAUCGAGGGCCCCAGGUUUGUACAGUGCAAAAUGCGGCAAAGCUUUCAGGAAGCCACACAAAUAAACAGUUGAUUAGUUUUCUUAUUUCCAGUCACGGGGGGUGGGGGGGCAUGACAGUUACAAAGAACCAUAUAUUCUUGGCACGGCUUUUUGUGUAACACUCAGUUCGAAGAAGGGGUCCCUUUCCGAAGGCUGCUUGUAAUGACGCAGACACUGUUCCUUCCUAGGGAAAGAGCAUAGCUAGGAGUCAGGAAAGCUUGAGUUUUCUUCAUGGCUUUGUACUGUGUUGCUGUGUGACUUUGGACAAGUCACUGUCUGUCCUCUUGGGGCCUCAGUUUCCUUAUCUGUAAAACGAAUUCUUUGAAAUGGUCUCUAAGGGUCCUAAGUGUGACAUUCUGAGAUUAUUCUGUUUACACUGUCCUGUGGGGGCUCACUCUGCUUCUGGAAGGUAGCAUCCAGAUGGGUUCAGGGAAGGGGUCUUCUCUCCUGCCAUGUUUUCGAGGGCCUUGUUCUUUCCGCGUUUUAACAUCAUGCGGAUGGACUCCGCGAAGCUCGGCCGGCCUCGUUCUUCUGGUCUGUGACAGGAGGGACUGGCUCCGAUGGCUUCUGUGCCCACGUGGCUCACAGCGCUCCCUGGCUUUCGGGACCCCCAUCGGCCCUCUCGUGUUGCUGGCUUUGCGAGCCUCUUCCCGGCCUGCACUCGGUGGGAACCAGCGCUCAUCACGCCCGCGUCUGCCAUCAGACCUGGCGACCCUGGCGACGGCGCGGGGCACACCUCGCUUCCUUUCGGGGACAGGAAAGUUGCGCACCGACUUCCAUUUUCUGGAGCGUUGCCAGUCGAAGGGCAUUGCCGUGUAGCUUCUCUCUCGUCCACUGUGCUGCCUCACACGCUUAGUUCAAGAUGCUCUUUUCAGAACCUCUUCCUGCUGCUGCUCCGGGUCACUGGCUAGAAACUAGCUUACCCGAGGCUGCAGCCGCUCACCUGCAGCCCCCCUGCCGUUCCUCUUCACUGGCUGGCAACCUGGAGAGUCCGAAGGAAACGGGCCUCUCGGUGGUCUGCUGAGGUUACAGGAAACGAAUUCUGCGGCUCUUCUCUGCUGGUGGAAACAAACGGGUGCCAAGCCAUGCCUACAGAGGUGUCGCCAAUAAUUCUCGUCUUCGGGCGUUGGAGCCCUGGAUUCUGGUGCUGUAGCUCCUGGUGCCAAAGUCUGGAUCUUUCCACAUUGCAGCAGCAUCAACACCUGCCACUCCCCAGAAUGCUCUGUGGAAGGGGGGGACAGCUGUGGUGCCCUCUUGCUGAGGGCUGCUGUCUUAAAAAUCUGAGUGCAAUAGGGUUUGAUUGUAACGAUUAUUUCAGGAUAAAUACUGUGUUUCCUUACUCUGCAUACUUUCUAGAACCGUUAUAAAAUAGAUUUUAUUUUUAAGUGUCCUCAGCAUUGCAGACGAUACCAUGUAUAAUAGCAAACGAAGGCUGGAGGCUCGGUUCCUCUGGGUUUCAAGUGGCUGGCAAGGCCGGCUCUCAAAUUCCAAAGUUCGAAGGCCCCUUUCUGAAAAGCCACCUGUGUGGGACCAUCUGGAGCUCACAGUCAGGGGUCCUGGAGGAAACUUUCACCAAAUAGGGGAGACCUAGUAAUUAAAUAGCUGUCCGAUCAGCCAAACAGCCCUGCUGUCCCAACCGACAGACCCACUUUCAGUGCCUCUAACUCCAGCUCUUACUGGCCGGCCGCUAGCUGCGGGAGGGCUCCCGGGCGCCGGUGCCCAGAGCUGCGCGGCUGGAGAACGCAUGCGAGGCGGCUGAAGGCCAGAGGCCACGCUCUCACAUCGGGCACUCAAACCACCCGAGGAAGCUGUAGGGGUGGCAGGCGAGGAAGCCGUGGCUGUUUCUGCUUUAGCCUGACAGUGAGCCAGCGCGGGCGGGAGGGGAUCUGCAGCGGGGCCCGCCGCUCCGGCCUCGGUCCCCGGCGAGUCCGCACAGAAAUCCUCCCCCUCCUCCGUUAUCUAGGACCCGGGACCCUGGGGCAGAUUUAGUGUGGUGGGUCAGUGGCAAGCGCUACCCCUGCCCAGUAAGGAACGGGGACCCAGAGCCUCUGUGGAUGUGGGGUUUGUUGUUACUCUGACAGGACUGCUUGGGAAGAGCUGCUUUUAGGGAUUAUCUUUGGACAACCCCCGGGGGGACCCAGGGUUCUCCUCGAAGCCUCACAGCCAAGACCAUAGGAAAGGGGCCCUAUUUUCCUGCUGCUUCACAGCUCAGAACAUGUACUGAAAGGAAUGUAUUUUUAAGAGAAUAAAGUCUAUUUUUUUGUAUUUUAAAGACUGGGAGGGCUGGGAGAGCGGCCCUCACAAAACUGUCGAUGCGUCAGAGACCCCUCUGCUGGGGGGCGCCGGCUCGCAGUCCCCGAGUCCCUCUGCUCGUUCCGGCAGGCGCUCUGGCCUCAGCCCUGCCCCUUGGAGUCUAGGUGCGGCAGCUUCUACGUUCCUGCUCCAAGCCUGGGACCAAGGAGGCCGGACCCUGUUGCUGGAAACCAGGGCGACGCCAUGAGCGGGGACUCGGGGCGCCUUGGGUGCAUGUGUAUAGUGGAGGCUGCCUGUGUGCACGGAUCCUCGGGCUCGAAUGCUGGCUGCUGGCUCUGCUGUUGGCUCUGCGGCACAAUAUGUAACCAAUAAAGCUCCCUAGUUUCCAUGUG